AUGGUGCUGCAGCACUACAAUCUCACCCAUGACGAUCUCCAGCGCAUGAUGGACAAGACAGCUCUUGAGGUGGCUGCCGACGACCUGAAUGGCGUGACCAAACCUGUUCCUUCAGGAGUCUCCUUGCCCGAUGACGCGAGUUCGGUGUCCCCUGCGUCCACGGCCUCCCCUUCCAUAUCUCGCCGCUUUCGCCUCAGUCGCAAAAGCCGACCCACCAGUAUGAUAUUGGGAUCGGCGAAUCUGGCUGAAAUCAAACAGCGGGCUCGUAGUCACUCCCUCGGCGCAGCCACCGUUCUGCGCACAUCUCCGCGCCGUCGACCCGAAGGGAUGCUUGCUGUCAGCCGUGGUGAAAAGGUGGAGGUGCUCGAGCGGGCCGAUCCCGGGCUUCCCGAUGAUUGCUGGCUUGUUCGCCACAGUGAUGGAACCAUCGGCGUCUUGCCCAAGACUUCCUUGCAGUACGACGAGAGUCCUUUUCGGUUUGGAACCGAGCUCGUCAUUGCAGCUCGUCCGCGACCCAGCAAGAUUCCUGCUGUGAUUGAGAGCUCCAUCCAUUUCCUCCAGCGCCAUGGUGUACAGGAGGAAGAUGCCGAGAAGGACGCCUUUUCAUGUGAAGCUGUGGCCACGCUGCUGAAGCAAUAUCUUCGCUCCUUGCCAGACCCCGUUUUCCCACAACGCAUGUACUCGACAAUCAUGGACGUGGCCAAGGUGUCAAAGGUGGAGGUGCAAAUGGCCCAGCUCCGAGAAAUCGUUCUGAACUAUUUGCCCGCAAGCCACAAGGCCGUUCUGCAAGUGCUGCUACCCUUUCUUCACGAGGUGGCAAACCAUAGUAACAUCAAUAAGAUGGAUCCCAACAACCUGGGAGUGGUGUUUGGUCCCACUUUGAUUCGACUUUCGGCGCAGCAGGCUGGCGAAGAUGGCCGAACAACCCAAGCCAUGAUUGACGAUGAACCCGCCAUCAAGCGUCUCAUGGCCACGUGCAUCACCGUCUUCUCUCUCCAAGACAAUGCGGACAAUGGCGUGCCUUCGGGAGAGAGCAGCACAGAUGCGGACGCACUAGGACCACGCGCUUGGAACACGGCUCAGCUGCGGCAGUGGCUACAAGCCUUGCCCUGUCGGUUGGAGGCGUCCAGCGUUGAAACCUUGAGCGGCAAGGGUGCGACUUGGCUGAUGGAUGCAAGCUUGCAGCAGCUCAAAGGACUAGGUUUGCCGAUGAAGGAUGUGAUGCCGUUGUCACAAAUGCUAUAUCAGCUCAAUGAUCCGCGGGCCUGGCCAGCAUCUCCGGCCACAUGA